CUUAGUCAUCUGCUGCAGCUGUGAGGAGAAAAGUGAGGAAAAGCGAACCCAAUUUCGGCAGUAACAAUUCUGAACAAAGCUUACAUUAAAUUCAAAUAAGAGUUUGGGAUAAGUUGGGCUCUCUUUAAGUAUCCAUAAGCUGCGUGAAAAUCUGGAAAGUUUGAGAAUUUAGACUUCAUAACUUGUUCGACUGAAAAAAAGUUGCGAAAUCUCUGAGCAUGACUAAGCAACUGAAAGAGAUUCUUCAAGCUAAUGAAGACAAUAUGGUUCCCAGGCCGCUCGGCAGUCUCAUCCGACUUAUCCACAUCGAGCACAACUACAAUUGCAUUCCGCCUGAUAAGCAACCAGGAAUCCAGUCCAAGCGAACCCUUCCCCAGUUGGUUUCCUCCUUGCAUGCUGAGAAAAAUCUGGGGCCACUUGACUUAGCGGACUUAAAGGAGCAUGUCCUUAGGGCAGAUGUGAUCCUGCGACGAUUGCGGCGCUUCCUCGCCAGCAAGCGCAGAUUCAUAGACUUUAGGCCCAUGUCUGUACUACAAGAGGCCAUCGUGCAACAUUUUGCCGCAGAGAUGCGCUGCACGACCAGAUUCUAUGACGUUCAAGACGGCAGGCGGUACUUGGUUGCUUAUAGGCCAGGAAUCGGUCCCAAUUCCUUCGAGUUGAGGGCUCGCCAAGGUGACCUUAGUGGAGAUUUAAUUCAGACCAGGAUGAGCCUCCGAAAAAAGAAGCUCAAAAGCCACAAGAAAACACAGCUGGAUUUGCGCCAAAUGGCAGAGCCUUCCUGUCGUCUGGGCAGGAAAAUUCUGGAAAAGUUCAGUGCCAAAUACAAGGCCUUACGAAGGAAUGAAGAAACAUGAGGAACGUAGAGUUGUAAGGCAUAAACUAGAUUAUUGAUUUAGAAAAUAUAUGAAAGCUGCUUGGAUUAAUCACAUUUCAGGCAGUUAAAAUAUCAUAAAUCCACAAGUGAGCAAUAAGGGAAACGUGGCUGCGGAAAUAAGAAUUUCUUCUUUCAUUUUAUACUUGCUCCACUUCAGAUUGCUCUCGAGAUUGGUUUGAUUUGACAGCUAUUCAAAUGCGGCAGAAGGACUCAAGUCUGGGGAUAGGGAAAGGGCGUUUAGUGCUGGUCCUUUUAUGGCGAAAAUGAUGCACAAUUCUGUUUUAUUUUCUAUUUUAAUGGUACAAAGCCACCUUUCAAAUUGCUUUCCUAUUGUCCGAGAUGCAACUAUCUGCAAAAUGCCAGGAUUACUUUUGUGCGGCAAUUUGUUGUCCAGAGCUUGGACUUAACCCCACAUCCUUAUUGCUUCCUUCUUUCUGGUCACGUGCCCAUUUUGCUUACAUUAAGGGGAUUUGCAGUAUUUUGUUUUCUUGUAUGGCGAUUUGAUUCCAUUUCCUGUGCGCCACACACAUUUUUUUUGCCACAUACCCUUUGCCAGAGAUCAACGUAUAUUUGUUUUACUCCCGCAUUAUUAUCCUUAUCCCAGCUCGGUUUUUCUUCGGAUUCCCCAAUGGGGUUGGUGUGAACUUUGGCACUCGGCUGCAGCUUUUUCUCCGGUUUAUCCUUCGUCCUGCAACUCCGGCCACUGCUGCAACUAUUUAGUGCUUUCCACUUGUGUUUCCACUUCUUAUUGUGUUCUAUGUAUAUCCGCUCUGCCACUGCCAUUUGUUGCAUCGGGGGAUGACUGGCUCUCACCCUUUUCGUUUCCCGCCGUACGAGGGAAUGGGAUAAGUCCUUCAGAAGAUGGCGUUUUUGGUUGCAGGGAAAGUGGAAGUGGAAGUGGGAGUGGGAUGUGUUUGCUUCGCUGAUAAGUGCACGUCUGGGGGAUUAGCGGUCUCUUAUCGGUCGGAAUCCGUGUAGCCCGGCCAUCCAAAUCGUAGCUUCAUCACAGUCAAUUUACUUGGCGAGGCUUUAAUAGCGGCCAUUGAGUCACGUGCUCGAAAGCUUUUCAAAUUUGAUUACAUUUUAAAGGAUUUACGUACAUGUCCAACUGUUUC